AUGCUUUCCAUCAGAUCUUUGGACAAAAUUGUUUUGAUAAUUGUCCUCUGCAGUUUACACACAGAGGCGAGACCAAUGAGAAAGAGGUCCAUCAGUGAGGUCCAGCUCAUGCACAACUUGGGAGUACACAAGCAGGUGGGGGAGAGACAAGACUGGCUUCAGCUGAAGUUAAAGGAUAUAAUUGCAGCCUCACACGCCAAAGCACAACAACAUGGACAAUCAGGGAAGAUCCGGAGUCUGCUUUCUGAUGAUCUCACAGGACUGAGCUUGUAUACAAGUUAAGCCUGAGUACUCAGGGUUUGUCUUCUUUUCAGUCUUACACAAGUAAUACCUCGUAAAAGAACAGUGAAAUUUCACAAUGAAACUUGUGAAACUCAUUUUAGUUUUAGAUAUUUUCUA